AUGCCAAAAUCCGAUGGUGAAUACAAUCCCUAUGCAUACCAUAGACCUCAUUCACUACAAUGGCGGGGCUCAGUCAUCCCGCGGGUCCUCCCUUCAGCCGUUCUCUGUCUUCUCGUCGCAGUUGCAGUCACUUGCAUUCACAAACUUACCAGUAUUAAACUGAGCAUACCCCAAUCGCUUAUCCCUAUCCUUGGUUUUGUCGUUGCUUUGCUAUUAACUUAUCGCACAAACACAGCAUACGAUAGGCAAGUUUUGGUUUUUUUGUACUGGGAAGGUCGUCGCCUUUGGUCAAAUCUGACAAUUGCAGUGCGUAACCUAGCCCGAUCAGUAUGGAUAAGCAUCAAAGAGAAUGGCAAUACGGAUGAAGAAAGAAAUGCCAUAGUCGUUGAAAAGAAAACUGUAAUAAAUCUCCUCAUUGGUUUUGCCCUUGCAACCAAACACUACCUCAGGGAAGAGAAUCCUGUCGAUUCGAAAGACGUUGCAGAUGUCAUCUCGAAUAUCGAAACUCGAUUACCUGGAUUCGAGCCGCUUGAUGAGCAAGACAAGGCCUCGGUCCAUUUGCAUGAAGGCGCUAAAUCCAAUUCUUGGAAAAAAAUGUUAGGGAAAGACCGCAAGCCACAUGAGAGAAGGAAGGGUGAUGCAGCACCAGUCAACCAUAACCUGCCGCUCGAAAUUCUGCUUUAUCUCGCUAGCUAUUUCGAUGAAAAGUUCAAAGAAGAGCGUAUCAGCGUUCCUACUGCCAACGCGUUGGGUGCAGGCCUUGCACAACUGACCGAGUGUUUGACACACUUUGAGAGAAUUCUACGAUCGCCUAUUCCUGUCGCGUAUGCUAUCCAUUUAUCACAGACAGUGUGGAUCUACUGUCUCAGUCUACCGUUCCAAUUUGUAAGCCUGUUGGGUUGGGCCAAUAUUCCUCUGGUAUUUCUUGCUUCGUUUGUCUUGUUUGGUAUCGAACAUAUUGGUGGAGAGAUUGAGAAUCCGUUUGGUUACGAUGAGAAUGACUUGAAUUUAGAUGACUUUUGCGCCCUAAUCAGACGUGAACUAAAUAUAAUAACAUCCAACAAACCGCCUGUCCCCAGUGAAUGGAUAUUCACAAAAAAGAAUCAUCCAUUCGGUGCUGAUAAAGUGAAUGCUGAAGAAGCACGUAGAUUGUCGAAGGAGGAAGUUCGCUCACUCUUGGGCCCAGAUGAAAAGAAAGAGAGCGAAAUCAAAAAGAAUUCGAUUGAGAUCAAAAUAGAAGAAGUUGAUAAAAAACAUUAG